AGGCUCUGACAACCUUGGACUCUGCCAUUUCUGCCUCUGGACUUGAGUGCCAAUGCCCUAACUAGUGACUUUAGACGUUCAGUCAUGGUUAAUCCCCAGAGUGGCCAUUUUCGAACCCGUCCAUCCUCCCAAAGUCGCCCACCCUCCUCUCCCUCUCCCAUCCCAUCGUGUCUUUCUCUACCUGUCCCUCCAUCUUCUCGCCAUCACAAUCCUUUCUCCCUUUUUCACCCAGACUCAUCAUUGCUACCAGCCAUAAGAUCUCCUCUACAUUCAUCCACUGCGCUUCGCUUCUACCUUAUCAUCGACUUGUUUUUAUUACCACUCUUACCCCAUUGCGCCUCUCUUCACCUUCCUCGACGCCUUUCGACUUCUCUUUCACCUUUUGACGACUCGACCUACAACUCGACCUCAAACUCACCAGCUGUUCCCCAUCAAACGCCAAUCAAAUUGGACGACCUUGCCCAAUUCAGCACCAGCUUCCAUCGACAUCCGCUCCUCUGCGCCCCAUUCAUCACCUACUCUAUACAUCCCUAGCCCUUGAAAGACCUUCCUCCCGAUCCUUUCAGAUCUGAAAAUCUCUCCUUCUAGCACUCGCAGAAGCCACAACACCCAAACUCUGCUUUGCCAUCACUCUUGGGUCUCUUUGCGCUGGUGGCUAUCUUUCCAACGCCAUGCGCGACAUGCGACGGUCUAUCUACAAGUAAUCCACACCCUACUAUCCUCCCAAUCCUGUCCAUGACGAGGUACUCUGUCUAGAUUAUGACAGAGUCCUCCGUUCUCGCCACGCAUCCUGCGCAGAAUCAAUAUCCGGUCACCGCUGCACCCUCGCUCGCUUCGCCCCUUCCCAACGGCUCUCUGUCCGAUAAUAACGCACAAGAAGAGGAGGAAUACACCAUCAAAUGCAUUUGUGUUUAUCAAGAUGACGAUGGUAACACCGUCUAUUGUCCCAAAUGCGACACUUGGCAACACAUCGAGUGCUACUACCAUGGCAAACGAGUGCCAGACGAGCACUUCUGCCAGGAUUGUUUUCCCAGAGAUCUCGACGCGAAGAAGGCAACCGAACGCCAGAGGAGGCAUCGAGAAGCUCCUCUCGAUAGCGGUGACCGGAAGGCCAAAAGGCCAGCCCAGAAAAACCAGAAAAAGAAACAUAAAGAUACCCCCAUCACAGAACAUGUCAAUGGCUGGCACUCACACGAACGCCAUGAAUCAAGAGACGGGCCACCCGCCAAAAAGCCAAAAACCAAUCAUCGCACAUCGGGAUCCAUUGUGUCGAUGAAUGGCGACUCAAGAAAACGAGCGGCUUCAACGGUGCAGUCAUACCCUAGUCCUUCCAAAUCCCCUCAGGAAAUGUUUCGCUUUCCCGUUGUCCCUGCGUACACCACCGAAUUCCUCGAGCUCUACGAUCGCGAUCAAGGCAACAUUGACGCAGACGCAAGUGAACACACCAUUCAAGCCACCAACAUUCUCUCUGCAUGGCGCACAAAACCAUCCCUAAUCGUCAACGAGAAUGAACAACAACCCGUCAAAGAACGCCCAUUCGUUCGACCCAGUGCACCACUGGACUCAAGCAAAUGGCCAGAGGUAACGAUUGAAACGGUUCAAAAGACUGACAUUGAAAUUGACGGAAGGCAUCCCACCUGGCGACUACUUCGUGUUCACAGGCCGGUCAAGAAGGACGAAGUUGUUGGCGAAAUUCGUGGUCAGAUCAGCGUGCUUGAAGAACAUUGUCAACAAAAGUCAUCUUCGAACCGAUGGCAAGAACUCAGGCACCCCGAUCCCUUCGUUUUCUUCCACCCUCACAUGGACCUUUGCAUCGACAGCAGGAAGUCUGGUACAUUGUUUCGCUAUAUACGACGGUCAUGCAUGCCAAAUGUCACAUUAAAGACGUUCAUAACGGACGAUGAUCAGGCCCACCACUGUUUCGUUGCCACCAAAGACAUCCCUGCUGGAUCCGAAUUGACGACAACAUGGUAUCUCGACACAGUCAUGCAAGUCCCGUCGGACGACGCCAGCCGACAAGACCCACAAGCCCAUAAUCGUCGAGUGGAUUGGGCCAGCCGGGUUCUGGCCAACUUUGGAGACUGCGCAUGCGAUGCUGGACCGGCCUGCCACCUUGUCAAGGUGGAUGGCAGAGCCCCUGCGAAGCCUCUAGAGGCUGCGCCCAAAGACAAAGGGACGAAAAAGAAGAGGUCUAGGGCAAAACAUGGGCAUUCGCCUCUUGGUACUGGCCACGCCACCAACAGCCGAGCUGGUAGCGAACCCAAGAUUCACGAGGAUGAAGAACCGUUUGAUCGGAGAUCGACGACGGACUCUUCACGAAGUGGCCCUCAGAGUCGAGACAUCACGCCUGUCAAUGUCGCUGCUCUUGAUGCGGACCCUGUUCUGGGCACUGGACUGACUGGCCGGGAGCUGCGGAAAAUCCAGAUGGCCGAGAAGGCGUUUGAAAAGCGCGAACAAGAAAAGAAGGAGCAAAAUGCUCCAGGACAGCAACGGAAAAAGAAGCGCACUAGUGGUGGCUCGACGCUGAAUACGCCCAAUGUCCAUACCUCCAAACAGCUUGGUCAGCAGCCUAACUCGAACCCCUCGACGCCGAAUGUCCUCGGCCAGAACGACGCCUUUUCUGCCUCUCCUCCGCCCUCGAAAGGGACAAGCAAGCCCGCGCAUGGACAUGCCGUCGCCGAUUCCAAGUCAGGGAAUCUUCCCGUUCGUCCCGUUUAUGUCAGUGUAUCGGUGCAGACGGACCCGGAGGAAGCUGAAGUGAUGGUGCCCCCUGCAAAGAGAAGGAAAUUCUGUACACCUACACAGCGAUUGCUCAAAAGACUGUUCGAAGAUCGGGUGAAGCACACACAGCAGACGACGAAGCCGGAUUCACCUACCAUGGCGCAGUCUGAAGCCAGAGCCGGUCUUGAGACGCGGAAUCGAGAGGUGGAGAUGACGGAUGCACCACCUUUAGGCAAUCACGUGUCAGCUCCAACAGCAGAGGCGUCAGGACAGAGCAGUGCAGGAUCCAGCCCUGUGAAUGUGGGAACUUCAACAUAUCCUCUGCCCUCACAAGCUGCACAUACGGUACAGCCGUACAAAGAUGCAGGGGUGGCUCGAACCCAGACAUUCUCACUACCACCUGUACCACCAUUCAACGUGGCCAGCUCCUCCAGCCCGUCAACCACUUUGGCUGGAGGUCUGACGGCUACUCCGACCACCCCAUCCACAGGCCCACCGUCUCUUUCACUCCAGCCAUUGUCCAAUGGCCCUGUGUCGCUUGGCCAGGGUGCAGUUACACCGGGUCCUACACGUAAGAAGCUCAGCCUUGGAGACUAUAUGAGUCGACGUAAUCUGGCAUCGACCCCAUCCACCGAAAAAUCGCAGCUCUUGGGAGGCUUGAGUGGUGUAGAUGCAGAGGGUUCGCGGGAGGGUGAGAACGUGCGAUCACCGUCUGGAGCGGCAGAUUCAUCACCAUUGACAUCGAGACCGAGCGAAGAUCUUGCACAGCAAGUGGCAGCUCAGGGUGGGCUUGGUGGAAGUGCCGUUGACGACCGGUCGACCAAGGACGAAGGGGCUGAGAUGGCCCAAAGUCCUUCUGGAGCAGCCGCUUGAGGUGUGGCCAAGGCCGAAUCACCUGCUGUCAAGCCUGAGGAGAGCAGUGCAGGCCAAGUAAAGUGAUGGUCACGACAUGGUUGCAUGGUGGAUGUACGAUAUAUCACGGAGGAGGGACCACUAUUGGAAAAUCCCAAUCCAUGUUACGAAGCCAUAGAUAAGUUGCGGAUUCCGCAAGGGAUGAACUGGCAAGGCUGGCACAAAGCCAGCAAGGCCAUGAUGAGGGCGCGGAAUACAGGCAAAGAUGAUGCGGUAUACGGCGCCUAAAAGCGGGAGCAAGAGCCAGGCAAAGGCAAGACAGACCAGGAUGCGCAGGCGUUUGGUGGGCGGCGGGAAAGUCAUGUUUGGGAUUAUUGAAUGAUCAUCUCCUCCAUGUUUGGACGUUUCGGUGUAGGGCAAACAAGCUCCAGGCAGUCCUGAGAGCGGAUGCAUGUAAAUAGUGUAGUAUGAAUGAAUGCAGCCCUGGAUACUGGGAUAUAAGAGGCUGGAGAGAGAGAACAGAGAGAAGAGCAGUACUGCUGUUGUGUGUGUUUUUGUUAUUGUUGGGUGGGCGCAGUAAGGACCACAGUACUUAUCAGGGAUAUGCAAUAAUGCAAGAGUGCCCGAGGGCCUAUGAGUACAGGUGUCUACGGGUGUGAAAAGCACCCAAAGGACCUAUUGUCCAAAG